AUAACUACGAUCAGUUGCGGUCAUCGCUGUCGCGAAUCACGUUGUUCAUGUCGGUCACGUGAUACAUUGACAUUGCCUUGACAAGUACCUAUAAUAAAUUACACUGAACCGUAUAAGCGCAAUUGAUGAAAAAAUGGAAAACAUGAGUUUGUCACAACGUGACAUUGUGUUUGAUUCAUAUUCGUCGGACUAAUAAAAUCAAUAUUGAAAUUUUUUAAAUGACAAUGAAUACUCUGAAUAUGGAACACAAAAGUAAAUACAACGGAUCUUCGGUUCCUUUGAAGUCAGUAAUGAUUAACGAAAAUAUUAUAAAUGGACAAGUAGAGGAACCCAUCACACCAGAGAUGGUCUUGAAAUUGCCUACAAUAACAGAAAAAUAUUUAUGUUCUCCGGAAGCAAAUGUUUAUGACAUUGAUUUUACCAGAUUUCAAAUACGAGACCUUGAAACGGGUACAGUACUGUUUGAAAUAGCAAAACCAAUAGCGGCAGGUGGUGAUAUCCAAGAUUCAAAUCCAGACUUUGAAGACACAUCAGGAGAAGAUCCAAACAUGGGUCGUUUUGUGCGAUAUCAAUUUACACCUCAGUUUCUGAAACUAAAAACUAUUGGUGCCACUGUUGAAUUUUUGAUAGGUGCUAAACCAGUUAACAAGUUCCGAAUGAUAGAACGUCACUUCUUUCGAGAUAAAUUACUUAAAACAUUUGAUUUUGAAUUUGGAUUUUGCAUACCAAAUAGCAAAAAUACAUGUGAGCACAUAUAUGAAUUUCCAACCCUUUCUGCAGAAUUGGUUGCAGAUAUGAUCGCUCAUCCCUUUGAAACUCGUUCAGAUUCCUUUUAUUUUGUCGACAAUCAACUAGUGAUGCAUAACAAAGCCGACUAUGCCUACAAUGGUGGACUUGGACAGGAAACAUUUUAAUCUUUCUGCACAUGCCAGUAACAGUAUUGAAAGUAUUGUUAGAAUUACACAAGAGUGAACGAACAGUGCCGAUGAACACACCGAUCAGACACUUUUUGUAUUUUUUUAUAUAGUUUUUCACAGCAAUGAGUAUUAAUUUUGCAUUUGAGUCUACGUCAAGCACAAUUUUUUAAAAUCUGCAUUAUGUCACGUUUUGUUCCUUAUAUCGCAUUAAAUGCCUAACAAUCACCGAUUUAAACAGGAUCUUCAUUGUAACCUAGUAUGUUGAUUGUUAGACUGAUAAAAAAUAGUUUUGUAUGAUAUUAUUAAUUCCAGUGUGACUAAGGAAAAUAAAUAUGUUGCAUUUAUUAAUGUCAUAAUGUUAGUCAUAAACAAUUGUUCUGCACAUUUAAUGACGUUGAACAUGAAUAAAGUGAUAUCUAAAGAUAA